UGUUCAUGGUAUAAUUUUUCUGUACUUCUGUGUCAUCCUCGUUAGUAGCUACGUUAAUAAAUGACGUGUUAAAAUUGUUCGAGACAUUUUUCUCGUAUAUCAUUAUGAAUAUAAAUGACAGUGAACCUAUCGAAUAUGAACCUUCGAUUAGGAAUGUGAUCGAGCAACGAUCUUUGCGAUGGAUAUUUGUCGGUGGCAAAGGUGGAGUUGGUAAAACGACCUGCAGUUGUUCGUUGGCUGUGCAAUUGUCGAAAGUCAGGGAAAAUGUACUUAUCAUUUCAACCGAUCCCGCGCACAAUAUUUCCGAUGCGUUUGAUCAAAAAUUUAGUAAAAUCCCGACGAAAGUAAAAGGUUUUGAUAAUCUCUUUGCUAUGGAAAUAGAUCCCAAUGUUGGUAUCACAGAAUUACCCGAGGAAUAUUUUGAGAAUGAAGCAGUUCUAGGAGGAGAAGCAAUGAGAUUAAGUAAAAGUAUAAUGCAAGAAAUUGUGGGGGCAUUUCCUGGAAUUGAUGAAGCAAUGAGUUAUGCAGAAGUUAUGAAGCUUGUUAAGGGAAUGAACUUUUCUGUUGUUGUCUUUGAUACUGCUCCAACUGGUCAUACUUUAAGACUACUAUCAUUUCCACAAGUAGUAGAAAAAGGAUUGGGAAAACUGAUGCGUUUAAAAAUGAAAAUUAGCCCUUUCAUUACACGGAUAAGUUCAUUAUUGGGCAUGACAGAUUUCAAUGUAGAUACAUUUUGCAAUAAAAUAGAGGAAAUGCUUAUUGUUAUUCGCCAAGUUAAUGAACAAUUUAGAAAUCCUGAUCAGACAACAUUUAUUUGCGUAUGCAUAGCAGAGUUCUUGUCACUUUAUGAAACAGAAAGGCUUGUACAGGAAUUAACAAAAUGUGGCAUUGAUACUCAUAAUAUUAUAGUGAAUCAAUUACUGUUUUUGAAAGAAGGGGAUGCACCUUGUAGACUCUGCUUUGCUAGGCAUAAAAUACAAGAUAAAUAUUUGGAACAGAUAAUGGAUCUUUAUGAAGAUUUUCACAUUACCCGACUUCCUUUAUUAGAAAGGGAAGUUCGCGGAGUUCAACAAGUCAAAGAAUUUUCUGAAAAUCUUGUGAAACCGUACAAACCUUAACGUCUAUACAUAUAAUUAACGUUUAAUAAGAAUGUAUAACUUUACUUCUAAUCAAAAAUUUUUUUAACUAAAAAGUCUUAUACAUUGCAAAAUUUAUAUAAAAGCGCACCUUACUUGCUGACGCGACUACAGGAGGAGGCAAUGAAUUCGAAAAUAAAUAUGGCCUGCUGCGUUGCCUUAACAAAUUAAUCA